AUGUGCGAGGCUUUUAACGGUGCCCUUGUAGAAGUACGAGACAAACCUAUUUUAACCAUGCUAGAGAGAAUUAGAUACUAUAUUAUGUUGUUGAUAGCAACUAGAAGAGCAUCUUGUGAGAAAUGGAAACAUGCCGUUAGUCCAAGGAUUUUUGGGAUUUUGGAGAAAACGAAGAAAGAAUCAACUUGGUGCAUUCCAAAGCUUGCUGGGGAGAGUUUAUAUGAGGUCAAAAACCAUGAUGGAAGUCAGGUUGUGGUUGAUUUGGCAAGGCAUUGUUGUUCAUGUAGGAGAUGGGAUAUUACUGGGAUCCCAUGCAAGCAUGCUUGUGCUGCAAUUGGCCAAUUAAAUGGGGAUCAUAUUGCUUAUGUUGAUGCUUGUUACAAGAAGGAGGCCUUUAUGAGAGCUUAUGGUCUAAUAGUUCAUCCAAUGACAAGUGAAGACUUGUGGCCUAAGUGUGAUAGGCCUCCUUUGAUGCCACUACUUUAUCACAAACAACCUGGGAGACCAAGGAAGAAGAGGAUGAGACAAGGAGGCCAUAAUAGGAGGAGCUGCCCUAAGGCAAAAAAAGGUAGCAGCAGUCAGGUCCCAUGUAAACGAAAGGUUCAGAAAUCUGCCCAAGAUACGACAUCAACCAAAAGGGUUACAAGACAAUCAACAGCUAAGCAACCUGUGAGAAGAAGGUUGGAAACUGGCCAGUGUUCUCAAACUCCACAUGGUUCUGAAACAGGCCAAGCUUCCCAAACUGCCCCAGCCCUAGCAUCUCAAAUAGCCCCAGCCCCAGCACCUCAAACUGCCCCACCUUCAGUACCUGCCCAAGCAUCUCAAACUGGCCAAGCUUCAAACACUCCCAAAAAAAAAGAGGUUUAA